AUGUUGCAUGAAUUGUUAUUUGUGCUGAGUGGCUAUGAUGGAGAUGUUUUUGUGCUGGACAAGUCAACUAAUCUCGUCAAGGUAGCCAAGAACCUUCCAUUUGUUCAUCCGACUGAAGAAUCACUCUUGAAUAGAAUAUGCAUCCUUGCCACACAUUACAUCAAAUUCAAAACAUACAUCGAUCUGACAAAUAAUUCUAAGGUAAGACAUCAGGGAUCGUACAAAAAAGCCUUUGUUAAGGGACUUGAAUUAAUAUUGGAGCCGUACUUGAAGCUUUUAGUCGAUCUCGAGAAAAAGUUGAUCAAAGAUUCUCAUCUCACUGUUGCCUAUAUUCAAUAUGCCACUGAAAAUUAUCAACAGUGGUUCCCGGCAGUUUCAUUGCUGGUCGAUCAAGUUUCUAAUGACAGGGUACAUGGAUGUGAAGUGUUGGACUUGCUGCAUAAGUCAUCCAUAACAGGCGUCCAGUGCGUUCGGGACAAUAUACUCAAUGGAUUUGAUUUCUGUCUGAUCAGAAUCCUCAAGUGCUGCCACACAGUUCUGUACAGACAGUUGUUGUCAUGGAUGCUCCAUGGAGAGUUAACAAACAGCACGGGAGAAGGUUCACGUUGGGGCUUCUUCAUACAACACCAUCUUGAAGACCAUCACAAUGUGAUCAAGGCUGAUAAUGAUGAUGAUGAUGAUGUGGAGAAGAAAUCCAAGAGGAUUCACCUGUAUGAGGUGAACCUGGCACAGCUGCCUUCCUACAUUUCUGUACGAGUUGCUCAGAAAAUUUUGUUCAUCGGCCAGUCAGUCGAUCUGUUCAGAGGAAACAGGACAAAGGGCUACCACUCCAUGUGGCAGCCUUUUAAAGAGUCCAUGAUGUCAUUGAGGGAGGAGGAAUUCAGCAGGGAUAUUGAUGAACUUUCCAAAUUGGAUGUAUUUGACGCCAUCAAGUUUGAGAGCACCAUUGAUAAAAUCAAAACUUACGUGGCUGGGCAAUUGAGAAAUUUGAUGGUCGACGAGGCUGACAUCCAAUCAAAUUUGAGGAGAUUUAAAGAUUUUUUUCUGAUUGGUCGGGGUGAAUUAUUUCUUACUUUUAUUGACCAAUCGCAGCAUCUACUUUCAAAGCCUCCAACACUUGCCACUCACCGAGAUGUGAACCUGGCCUUCCAGCAUGCAGCCAGGGAUCACUCACUGGAUGAGAAACUCUACAAACAAUUCCAACUUGUUAUCCAAGACGCCAACUCAGCACAGUCAAUCACCGCCACAUCGUCGUCGUCGAAAUUCCUGCAAACUCGAGAGAGUGGCUGGAACUGUUUGAGGAUGGUGGCUCAUGUUCAGUGGCCUCUUCAUAUCGUCUUCACCGACGUUGUCGUUCAUAAGUGUGUUUUUGCUGCGUGGUACAGUCAGUUGUUUUCUUUUCUUCUGUACGUGAAGAGGAUUCAGAUAGAGUUGCAACAGUGCUGGUCCCUGCAGAUGCAACAGCGCCAUCAACAUUGCAACAAACUGGCCAAAAGUGAGCAGAACAAGAGUCCUCUUCAUCAUUCUCCCCUGAAGUGGAGACUAAGGAAUCACAUGGCAUUCAUUGUUGACAACCUGCAAUAUUAUUUACAAGUGGAUGUCAUUGAGUCUCAGUUCAGCAUCCUGUUUGACAAGAUACAGAGCAGCAAGAUUGACUUUGAAGAGAUGCUGCUGGCUCACGAGACCUUCCUCAACUCACUGCUUGCUCAGUCUUUCAUCCACGUCAACCAAGUGAACCAUUGUUUGAUGGCUCUUCUGGAUUUGUGCCAUUCAUAUUAUGGUCUGGUGGUCCAUGCCCAGGCUGAACUGACUUCCGUGCAAAAACAAAAACUUGAGGACAUUUCAAAAGACUUCCACCGCCAGUCUGGUUUCCUGUUCGUCAUCUUGUCUCGAAUUCGCAACAACCCCCACCUCACGCAGCUCCUGCUCAGGAUCGACUACAACAACUACUUCUCCAAAUCAAAAUUUUCUUCUACUCUUCUAACAAAACAAGUUCACUCUGCUUCUUAA